GCAGCGUGAAAGCAUUCGCCGCAGCGAUCGAUCUACGGAAUCCGUCUGCAGGAUUCGACGCGCGGAGAUGCGAAAAUCUGUGAAAUAAAGUAACCGAAACGGCUGGUAAACUCGCUCGGAGGUAUCGUUGAAUAAAGGAGAGAUAAUCGAAGGAAGUCUGCGUCAACGGCUCCGACAAUUGCCUACAGAUUUGGAGCCGAGUCGCGUGACUCACCGGUGUGUACCGAAUGCGUCGUGCGGCUUCGAGCGACCAACCGGAAUCGAUGGAUCUGAUGCAACGCCGGGAGUGCAAACGCGCCUGCAUUUUCGAGUCGAUCGCUUCGCGAUUCCGUUGAGUCGGUUUCAAAGGAGAAACCACCGCGGCACGCGAGGCUAUCGUGUGCGUUUCGUUCGAUAAUCUCCCUACGCGAUUACGCAGCUAACGAGGGCAACUUCUUUCCCCGAUAAUCUUCGGCGUCGAGCAGUGAACGGCUCUCCUUAUCGGCUAUUCAUCUAUCUCCUCGAGAAGGAACCGUUCGCCGGGGCGGGAGGGCGGGCUGCCGAAUAACAGGAAUCCCCGCAGCCAACAAUCCGGCAUUGUUUCGUCAGUUUGAAAAGGCGGCCGACGGGCGACGCCGCGCAUUUCGAUUCAUCGAGGUAUCGUUGCGGGAUUCCCUCUCGGCCAAUCGGUUCUCGGGUAACUGGUGCGCCUGUGUGACGCACUAACUGCCACGCUGGCAGUUCAAUUGACAAUCGGAUAGUGGCGAGCGAGGUCGGCACGCAGUAUUCUCGUCGGUUUAAAAAACAAACAGAGUCGCGUCCGCGGUGUUCGGCGACGAUCGAGAGGAAGGCUCCCGAACGCGGGCCGUCGCGGCCGUUCGAAUUCCAGGAGGAAUAAAAGUCGGGUCGUCGUCCAGCGAUGCCGGUCCGAGCGGCUGCUCGAAAAAUGCUUGCGCCAGCGGCCGAGGAGAGCUGAGAGAAAACCGGUCCCUCUCUCUUCGCGUGUGCAGUGCGCGGCUCCGCGCGAGUUCUCUUCAGGGUGGGGCGAGAACAGAGGCGAAAACCGACGUCGCCGUCCCUCUGUCCGUCCGUGACGGGUUUCUUUCGCUCCGUUACUUAGUCGGGACUGGCGUGCUGUAACGCGUCGAGGUGCAUCGUCGUCGUCUCGAUCGACUCGAUCGUCGUCUUCGUCGUGCGACGGUGCGGUGUGUGCUCGGUGUGCUGCCUGGUAUUCCCUUCGUUUUUCAUGGGAGCGUAAAGUGCGCGACUUCGUCGACGGUGCGCGCAUACAGUGUUGAACGUCGAUAAUCGCGGAGAAGCGUGGCCGGGAUGUCGUCGACGGACAUAAACCUGAUGGACUUCCUGUUCCCGCGGGAGGACUCGUUCCUGAAAGGCGACGUUAAGGACGAGCCUUUCAUAGACCAGAGCUACGGCGACGACGCCAUCGCGGCGGAGGAAUGGCCCACAAACCCCGACGACUUUCUCGACUCCAUCUUCAAGCUUGGGGACAAUCAGUUCGACCUGAUCGAGAAUGAUCUGGACACGAUCCCGUCCUCGUCCUCGGACAGCGGACUGUCCAGUGCCCUGAGUCUCUCCUGCGAGCAGCAGCUGAGCCCGUUGCUGCCCAUCGAAGAGGAUCAGGUGGAGAUCAGCAACUCGGGGAUGAACAGCCCGCAGAACUUCGUGGACUUCGACUCGCUGGACAGUCCGAACCAAUCGAUGGGCAGCGUGGACAGUCCGGUGAGAUCGGUGGUCAGCUCGAACAUCGGUUCACCGGCUACGGACGUCGCCGAGGAGAUGGACGUCGAGCACACGCUGGUGGCCGUGGUGAAUCCUAACAAUACCUUCACCGACGUGAACAUGACCAACAUCGCGGAGUCACCGGUUAUCGAUCUAGACAAAGCGCCGAGACAGCAGAUCCAGGUCGCGCCGCAGGAGAACAAUUCGCUGAACGUGCGCAACAUCGCGUGCAACGGGAAGCGAAACAUCAGGCAAUUGAUACGCGUGACGCCGAUGGGCUCCGGGAACCCGAGGUCUAUCCUCCUCCCAGUGAGUCUGAAGGACAUGAAAGAGGUGCGGACCAUAAAGAUCAUCAACGCGUCGCAGGCGAGGAAUCUGAAAGGGUUCAAGAUCAAUCAGGCCAACAUCAUCAACAAACCGGUGCAGAUGACCAUCAAACAGGAGGAUUCCAGCAGCGAGAAGGGGUGCAAUUCCAGCGACGAGGUGUCCGAGUCCGAGUCCCCGUACCCGAGGCUCAAGCUGAACGCGGAAGAGAAGCGGCUGCUCCAAAAGGAGGGGAUCACGUUGCCUUCCCAUUACCCGCUGACGAAGCACGAGGAGCGAGAGCUCAAGAGGAUCAGGCGCAAGAUUCGUAACAAAAUAUCCGCCCAGGACUCCCGGAAGAGGAAAAAGGAGUACGUGGACGGGCUGGAGGAUCGCGUGAAGCAGUGCACGGAAGAGAACAUGACGCUGCUGAAGCGGAUCAAAGCGCUCCAGUCGCAGAAUCAGAGCCUGGCUGGCCAGCUCAAGAGGCUGCAGGCGCUGCUGCAGAAGGGCAACAAAAGCGCCCAACCGGCCACGUGUCUGAUGGUCUUGCUGCUCUCAUUGGCCCUGGUCGCUGUACCGAAUCUGCGACCGCACUCCAAUUCCAGCAACGAGCUCGCGCAGGAACAGGAGCAGCCUGAGAAAAUGCCACCGUUGGCAGGCCGUUCCCGAACACUUCUGAACACGAACCAGCUGAUGGACGAGGAGCUGCAGCAAUACGGCGAGGAAUUGCUGCAGGAAGUCGAGGGGCUGCUGGACCACGAUUACAGCCCGGUGAUCCAGCCUCCCCUUUACAAACGUCCUCGCAUGGACAUGGAACCGUCGCCGAAAUGCGUCCUGUCUUCCGACCACGUGGGCGGGACGCUUUGCGGGAGACAGGAGAGCGCGAUCUUCAAGUCCGGCCGGAAGUACAUCGAGCCGCCGUUGGACGACGUUUGGCCGCCGCCGAAUCCCGGCGGGCAGAAGAACGGGAAAGUGGUGGACAAGCUCGAGGCGCUGACCAACGAGCUCAAGAUCAACAUCUCGGACUCCGAGGGCACCAGGACGGUCCUCCUGAAGGUCCCGCAGGAACAAUAAGAAGAAACUCCGACGCGGUCGCGUGCUUUCUCUUCUCUUUCCUCUUAGCAUCUUUCUCCUUCUCUCUUCGCGAGCGACGAUUCCUAUUUCCUUCUGGCUAUGAUUCGAUAUAGUCCUUCUCCACGGUGACUUUCCCAGGUUUUCUUCCUCGGGAAGGAAAGAUCAACGGGGAAGGGUCACCGAGUAAUCUUCGAACGUAGGUCGUUAAUCGUUCCGAUUUCCUGGAUGAAUGAGAGAUUCGCGGAGGGUCGAACGUUUCCGCUUCUUUCCCGCGUGAGUGGUUUCGAGGAACUGUCGCGGAGUCUGUUGCGUUUCGACGAGACGCGGUUCGCGUGCCGAUCGCGAUAGGGUUUAAUAGAAUGAACGAUCAUGUUUCUCGUAUCUUCGGGACACGCCAGCGCGCGCCUCGCUACGGUCCUCGUGUCUUCGAGCGGCGAACGAGGAACUCGCGUUCGCCUGUCGUGAAUGAAACGCCGUUAUUCGUCGAUACUUUCCGCGAGAUGGUCGAUACCUUUGAUUCACAUCGGUUCCGCAUUCGCUUGUUAGUCAAGGACCGUGUCGCAUACACCUAGGAUCGUUUUUAGGCGAAUUUUUCCAAGAGUUUUUAUCGAUUUAACGAUAUUUAAGGAUUUAUCUAUUUAUAAGGAGAAUUUAUUACGAGAGUUUUACAAUUAUUAUUGCUGUUGCCGAUGGUAAGAGAUAUUUGUACAUAGUUACUAUAAUAGAAACGUAAAACUGACACAGAGAUACAUAUAUAUAUAUAUAUAUAUAUUAAAUAUAUACCUAUCAUAGCUUUAACUUUAAAUACACCUACACGCGUGAUUCACCGCACGCGAAAGACAGUUUGUUCAGAAAUGUGCGGUGGACCGCAAUCGUCGAUGAUAAUUCGUUUACUAAGGUACACAUACGAAAAUGUGUAGCAUGCGUACGUUUCCAUCCUUUGAUGCGUGAUAGAUUUCUUUCGUUAGCCGGAUGAUGAGUUUCGUUUCAUAGUUUUCUCUCGGGGCUGGGCCUAUCGCGAAGCAUAAAUCUGUAGCUGUAACGCGGAAUCACGCGAAUCGCAUAAUUUUCUAUGCAACACGAUACGACCCGAAUUAUUCUCUCUGUCAAAAGAUUUCUCAUUGGGUCCAAACACACGCAAUAAAACCUAUUUUACUCGCUAAAACGCAUUUUUAACUUGGAAUUGUUCAUCGAACGCGCGACCUGGCUCGAAAGGAAGAACGUUCCUUCGAAAUUUGUGGCAAGCGUGCGACUUAUCGUCCAUUUAGCUUUACAGCCGCAGAUAUCGAGCGCAAUCAUAUCACACGAGACGAGUUCGCGGCGGGUCGAGUCCGGCGAACACGUGCAACCGUACGAAACGUAUUUAAACAAACGAAAAUACUGCUGCGUGUUAACGACACCAGCCACGAAGACUGUAUCAUAUACACUUGUAACGUUAGGCGCAUCCUGACAUUAUCUUCGAACUCGACAAACACAUUUCUCCUCGCCUCAUCAUCGAUUCCUUUCGCGUUUUAGAUAAGUUUAGGUGACGAUCGUCCGAUUAAUUUUUACUUUAUACACGAUACAGCGGGACGCGCGUGUCACGCGCGUGUUACACACGCUCUAAAUACAUAUAUAUAUAUAUAUUAUGUAUAUACAUACAUAUAUAUAUUAUUCACCGAAUUGUAAAUAAAACCACACCGUGAAGAACACAUGUCGUCGUUGUUUGAAUUUUAUAGUAGCUCGUACUUACGUUAAUCAGUUAGUUCUCUUUCUCUUUCUGUUUUUGCUCUGUUUUCCGAUGGGAACCGUUCUUCCCGCGAAUUGUAAUCGGGUACACGUAUAUCAUGUGAAUGUCGUCGACGUUAAACAAAAUAUUGACAAGCGUUUGCUACUUUUUCUUUUCUUUUUUUUUCUAAUUUAGAUAAGUUCAACGAUACAUUCCUACCAGUAAUGUUUAUUCAAAAAUAGAACCGUUCUAUUUUUGCACUAUGUAAAGGGGUUGAUGGUACUACACUCUAAAUUUUUGAUUCAGUAUACGUGUAACGACAUUAGGAAAUAAAAGUUGCGGUCAAAUGCA